AUGUCGUUGGUUCAAGACACUCCAAGUCAGAACGCAACGGAGAUCCUUUGGGAUAAGCGCCUCCAUUCUGACGCACAGUGGAGAUCUUGGAUCGGCCAUAUUAAAGCUAUAGCAACGAAGGCGGGGAUUUGGAACUAUAUCAACCCAAGUCUUGCAGAGGAUAAGCUGAAGAAAGAACCAGUUGAUUCGAGAGAUACGUUCCCUCAGGUCUCUGAAGUACAUAGGGAUGCGACUGAUAUAUCGGACCUAGAUGAAGACCAGUACGGGCUGUACAUCAGGAUAGUCAACCUUUUUGACAAGGAGAGAUCGUUCAAUGAGCAAUUAAGAAACAAAAUCAACAGGAUUAAUUCGCUCAUUUAUCAGAACGUCGCUCCUGAGCACCGCCAUAUCCUUAAGGGUAAAAACACUCCAUACAAGAAGCUUGUGCGCCUCACUCAGCAAUUCGCCCCACAGGGUAACAAUCGUCGUCAGCGCGUCCGAAAUGCAUAG